AUGGCGUCUACAGCUCACAAUCUGCUAAAACGUGAGCUGAAGGAGCUAAGCACACAUCCGAUUGAAGGGUUCUCUGCUGGUAAGCGCUUUGGAGAAAACCUUCUCGAAUGGCGAAUUGUUAUCAUCGGUCCACCCGAUACACUCUAUUCUGAGGGAUUCUUUGUUGCUGAACUCCUCUUCACUGAAAACUAUCCCAAUGAGCCACCGACUAUGAAGUUCAUCACACCAAUGUGGCACCCAAAUAUUUAUCCAGAUGGGCGAGUCUGUAUCUCCAUUCUUCAUCCUCCCGGUGAAGAUCAAUAUGGCUUCGAGGACGCCGGUGAACGAUGGUUGCCCAUUCACAGCGUCACAUCGAUUAUGCUUAGUGUUAUUUCCCUACUAUCUUCAGACGUACCAAAUACGGACAGUCCUGCGAAUGUGGAUGCAGCGAAGGAGGUUCGGGAGAACUUAGCAGCAUAUCAGAAGAAAGUACGACGUUUGGCGCAGAAGAGUGUAGACAUGUACCUUGAGACCAUGGGCGAGUAG